GAAAUGUUAAACAUGAAAUCUUAUUUAUGAAAUGAACAUUUUUAAUUUAGAAUAUGUAAUUCCACUGGUCUAAAUUCCCCAUUUAAACCUGCCCAAACCCAAAUUCAGGCUAUUCAGCUUAAAUCUAAUUUCGAAAAAUCCCCAACUUCUCCGUCCAAAUCACCUGUCAAUUACCUGACCUCACCAAUCACCACCAGCCACCCCCUACUUCUCCAUCCAACGGCAGCAUCCGCAGGAGGCUCCAAUUCACAUUCUCCCAGCAAGAAGAAAAUGGAUGGAGAUAUUGAAAUAUCGAUUGACAAACUCCCAAUCAAACGCCUGGAUGCUAUUGAAGAAAACGGCACCGAACGCUUUCCUUCUGAUGUGGAUUAUGAUGAGAAGAGGCUUAAUUUGAUUAGGAGAAUAGACUUUGGGUGGGCAGUGGAGAGGGAGGAUCGUAGUAAGAAGCGGAAGAAUGAAGGUACAACUUCUACUAAUGAGAGUACAACCACCAAUCAGCAUACAGGGCAAUGGCAAAGCCUAGUGGAAAAUCUGCAGUUUGCUCAGCAAGAGCUCUCUGUCAUCAUCGAUCUCAUCAACACGGUAGAGGCAAAUGAUGCAGUAACGGUUGCAGGCAUGACCAGGCCAAAGCAGUUACCAAACGAGCUUUUGUCUGAUCUGGCUGUAUCUACUGCGACCAAGCUACAGUGCUUCCGGCAUCUAGGAAAAUAUUUCAAGCAAUCUGCAGCAGCAUUAGAAAAGCAGGUAGCUAGAGAAGCAAGAUUUUAUGGUGCUCUGAUUAGAUUGCAGCAAAAUUGGAAAGUUAAACGACAUCGAUCUGCGGCUGCUGCCUCUGGCAAUGAGGGAUUCUUCAUUGACUUAUUUUACAAUACAUUGUAUGAUACGUCUGUGUCACUUCGCCCAUCUUCUAUGUCUACAAUUCCGAUCAAGCAUGAUGCAGCUGGAAUGCUGGCUGUGAAUGUGCCCCCAAAUUCAUGCCGCUCUCUUCGAUUUGAGUUUCUUGGUUCUCAUUCUGCUAAUAAUGUGAGAAGAUACGGUGAGACAAACAUGCAUGCCUUUUCUGAGGAUUCUUCCACAGAAACUAACAAAGAACAUGCUAAUGAUGAUGAAUGUGUGAGGAAAACACAUUCACUACUCCGUGAGGUUCAUCGAGCCAUCUUUGAUGAGCAGGUGUUUGAAUUGGUAAGUCGUGAAGCAUGUAAUUCAUCUCUAAGUGUAAAUCUGACUGGGAUACAAGAAAACUAUCUACGCUUGAGCAUUAAUCAAGGAGCAUCUGUUUCAAUUUUACUUCUGCUAUCCAGUCUAGAUAAUAAGACAGACAGUGUAUCAGGCACAAACAGUUCAGAAACUGAAACCAUACCUUCAGAAUUAUCGGAUUGGUCAAAAUUUAGAGAAGGAAAAGAUAAUGUGAAGAAAUUGGGGUUUCCAAGUCGAAUUAGUUUCGAGAUUUAUUUGCAACAACUGUUUCAUGAAUAUGUGUUUGUGAGAGCAAAAGAUAAGACCUCAUCUUCUUUUAGAAGUAAGAUAUCUGGUCAGCAAUCCAAGGACAACUUAAAUAUUCUGGAUCAUUUCUGCAUGUCUCUGGCUCACAGCAUCUUCUCAAACAAAGUUCUGUCAGAGCUUGAAAGUCUGGUUUGCAGAACUCCGUAUGUCCAGUUGAUAUCUCAUCCCACUUGGCAUUCUCGGACAUCUUCAUGGACUCUAUCAAUGAAGGUUCCUCAGUCGAUUCUUCAUGCUGGAAGCCAAAUUCUGUCAUCUGGCAUUAGCAAUGUGAAGAAUGUAAGAUCUCAGUUUUGGACUAAGGUGGUGGUAAUUGAUGAAUCUAUUAGCGUGGAAGGGGAAGGAAAUCUCAACGUUAUUGGGUUAUUUAAAGGAAAGCCUGAGAGCAUUUGUCCUAUUAACAGAUACGAAUGUGACUUGGCAGAUCUUCCUAUAAUACUCCUGCAGCAGGUUGCUAGUCAAGUUAUUCAGUGGCUUCAUGAGGAAGCCCUCACUGUCGGUAUUAAAGUGACUAGAGACUUCUUAUCGUUGGCAUUUGAACUGGAUCAUGGUGAAAUAGCCAGUCUAGUGGCUCAUGUAGACCCUGAAGAUACCAGGGGAUGCAUCUCAUGGUGGUUGAUGGUCGAUGAUGGAAUAACCGAGAAUCACAAACUUCAUCCUGACCUCUCAAUCGGUGAAUCUGAAAGCAGGAAAUUUUUAGGUCAUUUAUCUCUGGAUGUGUUAUACUCUACUUUAUUGGAUUUUGUGAACUUGUGUAGCUGUUAACUACUCUGGGCACUUUUUUGUUGCACCUGAACAUAUGAAGGUUUGAUUUCACAAAACUCGACUAGCAAGUUUGCUUUAUUUUUGUAAAGAGCGUUGUUUCCAUAACUAAAUGCUUGUUGUUCCUGAGGGUUCUUAUCGCCAGUUCAAUUAAACUGCUGGAAUAAUACAGGCUGUCCUUGUA